UUUAAAAAUUAAAAGUGAUAUAUUGAUUUUAAAAUGCAUCAUGAUCGUGGCUUCCGGCCGGAUGAAGAUUCAAGUUCACAGAUUUAGACAAGCAGUAUGUGGCUACGUUGGAAUAAAUCCAAAAGUUUGUUGCAAUUCACCGAGGGAAAUGGAAAAUUUCUAUCCAACAAAUUUCGAUUCGAAAUCAGAGUGUGGAAAAAGUUUAGUUAAGAGUAAUAUUGUUACUAUUGGCUCGUAUCCUUUUAUCGCUCGAAUAGGAUUUAUCAAUUUAAAUAAUGGUAUUGUUAAUUAUACUUGCACCGGGACAAUUAUCAAUGAGAGAACAAUACUAACAACUGCAUCGUGUGCAUUAGAAACUCAUCAAGAUUACAUAUUACACUCGGUGUUACUUGGUGAAUUUGAUACAAAUACUAAUCCUGAUUGUAAUAUAAUAUUCUGUGCUCAUUGUACAAAAUCUUAUAAUGUAUCAUUUGUUAUAAAACAUCCUAAUUAUAAUCCUCAAACAUUAGCUAGAAAUAUUGCUCUUAUUCGUCUUGAUGAAGCUGUUUCUUUUACUUUAACAAUUCAACCAAUUUGUUACUCAACACGACAACUAAUAACUGUUGGAAGUUUAUCACUUCUUGUUGGAUGGGGUAAAGCUUCAAUUGAUCAAGAUGAAAUAACAAACGAACAACGAGCUUUGCCAAUGGAACUUUUGCCUAUUGGACAUUGUACGGAAUUUGUUGAUAAAGGAAUUAAUGUUGAAAUGUGUGCAAUUGGACAACAAGUACCAUGUUCGAAUUUUAAUGGCAGUCCACUUAUUCGACGUGAUGAAAACGCAUAUGAAUUGGUAACGCAUUUAAAAUUAUAA